GCUGCGGCAGCAUCAUGCAGAGCCCCGCAGCAGGUGCCCUGUGCCGCCCUCUAGUGCCCCCCUGCUGCAGUGCACCUAUGUCUGUGCCAGGAGUCAGAAGGUCAUCAGUUGGCUCACGCAGACGAACCUCGCCUCCAGUGUCCAUGAGGGAUCCAUAUGGGACGUCCUCCGUCAGCACUAGCACGUCUGGGUCAUAUAAAGGAAGUGACAGCAGUCCUGUAUCCAGGCGCUCAAAUAAAUAUAGUCUGUGUAGUGAAAAUCAUGGGAUCAAGCCACCCACCCCUGAACAAUACCUCACCCCCCUGCAGCAGAAAGAGGUCUGCAUCCGGCACCUGAGAGCAAGGCUAAAAGACAUGCAGGACGCUCUGCACGAGAGAGACACGGAGGUUGAUGAGCUGAAGUCUCAGCUGAGCCGGAUGCAGGAAGACUGGAUAGAAGAGGAGUGUCACCGAGUGGAGGCACAGUUGGCUUUGAAAGCUGCACAACGAGAGAUUCAAGAGCUUCGUGAGGUCAUGGAAGGCGUGCAUGGUCGCCUGGGGGAAGGCGAUAUGGGGAUGCAGAAAUACUUUGCGGACAUCACUGUUCAAAACCGAAAGCUAGAGACUCUUCUGCAGAACAUGGAGCUGGCACAUGAUGGCACCAUACGUGGAACAGAAGGUGGAGGUUCCGCCGGGGAUUCACCUGCUCGCUCCCUCACUCGUAGCUCAACAUACACAAAACUGAGUGAGCCUCCUGUCGGAGAUCGCCACUCUCAGGACACUGGAGAUAGCGGGUAUGCUGCCCCAGAUGACAGCAGUGCCGUGUCCUCUGGCCCAGAGUUCUACCUGGGGGAAGGCCCUUUGUGUCUUACAGUGCAGCCCCCGCCAUUGUGUGCAGAAGCGGCUGUCCAGGCCAGCAGCGUCAAUGAUUGUGGGGUACAGACAGAUGAAUCAGCGGGCACCCCAGAACCCAACGCAAUAUUAGACAAACUGCUCAAGUCACAAGCUGCGGCCACCCCCACCACCAUGGACCCCAAAGAGCUAGACUGUGCAAACACUGACCCCAGCUGUGUAGUGCUGGUAACAGACAACACUGCCAACACGGAAAAUGCAGACGGCGAGAAUCCCGAUGCUCCUCUUAGUUACUGGAGUCGACAUUUUGUUGUGGACCUAUUGGCUGUACUGAUCCCUGUGGUACCUACCGUAGCCUGGUUAUGCCGCGCACAGAGGCGUCAAGGACAGCCUGUAUAUAACAUCAGCUCCUUGAUGCGUGGUUGCUGCUCUGUGGCCCUGCACUCAAUCCGCAGGAUCAGUUGUCGCCCAGUCAGUGCCUCCACCAGCCAGCCCUAAGCCUGGCGGCUUCCAAUGGACGCAUUACUUAGCACUUUGUAGGACUUUGGGGUGGGGCGUAGUCUUGGAAAGGGUAUCAUGGAGGUCUGUGGAUGGACUGUAUGCCAAUAUAUCACUGACUUGUGUCAAACGUCACAUACUGUAUGCUACGGUAAACUUCCCUGAGAAUUGGGUGGGGAUGUCUGCUCUUCCAGAGACUGGAGGGGGUGUAUUAUCCAAGUUGGACUCUGGCAUGCAUGGUGCACUGUGUGUUGCCGGCGCGGUCUGCUGCAGUCAGUUCUAGAAUUGAUAUGUAAAUACGCGGAUGCUGCUGAUCCAAGUACACAGGUUACCUGUUCAUCUACCCCUCCCCAUUAACAGAUCUCGUCUACCUGCACCAGGUCCUCUAGUGUCUGUAUCACCACAUGUAUAUGUACAGGAUCCCUCGCCGCUCUAAUGUAAACCGUAUAGCUGCUUGUGAUGAUGUGUAUGCUAGCAAUCCGUAUGACCUGGCAGAACGUGUAGGAGCAGUGCGUGGCCACGGAAUGUACUGUGUACAUAUAUGUUGUAUGUGUGAUCUAGUGCUGUGUAUACACGUCCUGGGCCGGUCCUGACAUUUCUUAUUCUAGUGUCUUCACCUUGGUUGGUUCUGACCCCACAAUCCAUUAUCCUUUCCUCGCUGCCUCCAUGCCCUGGCUUUGCUGCUUCCGCCCUACUUCUUGUCUUUGCUCAUAUGAUCUUGCAACAUGGCUUGGAGCAUUGUGCUUAGGAACCAGAGCUAUAAACCCCAGAGCAUGACCCCAUUCAGGAGCAUGCUCGACUUCCAUCCCUAUACCCAUAAGGGCGUGCCCUGGGCCAAUCUCUGGUGUCCCCUGUCCAGUACCUGCAGCUACCUCCCUUGUGGUUGCACAAGCCCCACACUGUCGAAUGAAUGCUGAGAUUUGUCACUGGACCUCACAACAAUCGUGCUGUUACAUUGUGGUCUUCAGAACAUAAGCUUUUGGUUGGGCAGGAGCUGGCAAGUUGCAGGAACCACUCUGCUCAGCACUGCCGCCACCCUAUUUAAGAGUUCUGCUAUAGCUAACUUGGUCCUCUGCACUUGAGGGGUACGCUUCCCCUUUAUUUAGGUUCCCUCCUCUGUAGGAGCUGUAGUGUGUGUGCUGGUCACUCAUUCUGCAGUGUGCUGAAUGCCCACUAGGAGGCUCUGAAUAGCAUUAGUACAGACUCCACAGGGAACGACCUAAUAUAUACAGCACUUAGAAACCUUUUUCUUUGCACUUACCUGAUCCCUGGGAGUGAACGACCAAUGGCACCCCACCACGUGGUCAAGUUACUCCCACCCUCUAAGCUUUGCGGACAGGAAAUUGUUGCUGGUGUUGGAUUGAAGUCAUAGACGCUAUAAAUCUAUAUAUACAUAGAGAGAUCUAUAUUUUUUGAUGUUGCUUGUUUGUUG